UCUUCCUUUUCUGAUAUGUGACCCGAUUUCUACCACUACAUGCUUCGAUAUCUACACAGAAAUUGCCUACAAACCUCUGUUUACUUUUCCUUGCAAAUUUGAUCUAUUCUUCUCUUUCUUCAUGCUCCUAUAUUUAAAAGACUCUUUCUAGUUUGUUUCUGAUAUCUGACAUCUGUUUUCUGAUUUUGAUCACAAGUGUCAGAUAUCUUUUUCUUCUCAUCAUGUUGUCGUUACCUUCAACUUCAUCCUCCAUUUCUAGAAAGAAAUAUGAUGUUUUCUUAAGUUUUAGAGGUGAAGAUACCCGCAAAAACUUCACCGAUCAUCUCUAUGAUGCUCUAAAAAGGACUGGGAUUGUCACCUUCAGGGAUGACCCAAAGCUGGAGGCCGGCGAAGAGAUCGCGCCAGGGCUGUUUAAAGCCAUUCAGCAAUCAUGGUGCUCCGUAAUCGUAUUUUCAGAGUCUUACGCUUCCUCGGGUUGGUGCUUGGACGAACUUACUGAGAUUGUUAAGCAGAAAAAGGACAAGGGUUAUAAAGUGUUUCCAGUUUUCUAUGGCGUGGACCCAUCUGAUUUAAGACAACAGAAAGGAAAAGUUGAAGAAGCCUUUGCGGAACAUGAAAAGAGAUAUGAUGAAGAUAAGGUCCAAAGGUGGCGAAAUGCUUUAACUCAAGUCGCAAACAUUAAGGGAUGGCAUUUAAAUCACAGGCAUGAAAUCGAAUUUAUUGGAGACAUUGUUAAAAAGAUAUCUACAAAAUUAUGUGAAACAUAUCCAAUUUUACAUGAUGAAUUAGUUGGAAUUACUUCACGCUUGGAGGAGUUGUAUGCGAAAAUAGAAAUUGGUGAAGAUGAUGUCCGCAUUAUCGGAAUUUGUGAAAUGGGUGGCAUCGGUAAAACAACUCUUGCAAGAGUUGCUUACACUCAAAUGUCACCUCAUUUUGAAGGUAAAAGUUUUCUUGCUGAUGUUCGAGAAGUUUCAAAUAAAUGUGGACUUGUUUCGUUACAGAAACAACUUCUUUCUCAAAUCUUGUCUGAGGAAUACUUUAAUUUCUUCAAUAUUCAUGAAGGAAUUGCCUUAAUUAACCACAGGUUAUCUAAUAAAAAGAUUCUUGUUGUUCUUGAUGAUGUUGAUAACCUACAACAUCUAAAAUGCUUGGUUGGAAGGCGUGAUUGGUUCGGUUUAGGGAGCAGAAUUAUUGUAACAACAAGAGACGAACAUUUGCUCCGAUCUUACCGAGUUGAUGAUGUGUAUAAGCCUACAACAUUGAAUGCCAAUGAUGCACUUCAACUAUUCAAUUUGAAAGCUUUUAAUAGUGAGACAAGGCUAGAAAAUGAUUUUAGUGAGCUUUCUAAACAAGUUUUAAAAUAUGCCGGAGGUCUUCCCUUAGCUCUUGAUGUUUUGGAUAUAGCUUGCUUCUUUAAUGGGGAGGAGAAAGAUUUUGUAAUAAAAGUAUUAGAUGGUUGUGAGUUUUUUCCGGAUAUUGGAAUUGAUGUUCUCAUUAAGAAAUCUCUACUAAGAGUUAAUAAAGACAACAAAUUGUGGAUGCAUGACUUGCUACAAGAAAUGGGAAGAAAAAUUGUUAGGGAAAAAUCUGUUGAUGAACCUGGAAAACGUUGCAGAUUGUGGGCAGAAAGAGAUGUUUAUCAUGUGCUAACAAAAAACACGCUUUUAUAUAAGUUGAAAGUGCUCAACCUCAAAGGGUCCGAAAACCUGAUGAAGACACCAAACUUCGCAACUACUCCAAAUCUUGAAAUUUUGGUUUUGGAAGGUUGUACUAGAUUAGCAAAUGUUCAUCCAUCCGUUGGAGUUCUCAAGAGGCUUAAGGUUUUGAAUGUAAGAGGCUGCAAAAGUCUUAGGAGUUUUCCAACCAAAAUUGGAAUGGAAUCUCUUGAAAAGUUAAUUCUUUCAGGUUGCUCAAAUCUUGAAAGCUUUUCAGAGAUUGAUGGCAAAAUGGAAUGUUUGCUAGAGCUUUAUUUAGAUGGGACAUGCAUUAAAGAGCUACCUUUUUCAAUUGGAAAUCUGAGCAGUCUUGUUUUGUUAAAUUUGAAAGGUUGUAGGAACCUUGUGAGUCUCCCAAGCAGCAUAGGUGGGUGCAGAAGUUUAAAAAUUCUUAAUCUUUCUGGUUGUUAUAAAGUUCUAUCUUUUAAUGGGAGCAAGGGACCUUCUUCCAAGUUACAAAAAUAUCUGCCUUCUCUGUUAAAGGUAAUCCAAAGAGGAAGGACAAAUUCCAUGGCUCCUAUGGUGCCUCCGUUGUUAGGUUUGAGUUCAUUAACAAAGCUGAAUUUAAGGGACUGCAAUCUUUGUGAAGGAGAUAUUCCUUGUGAUAUUUCUCACCUAUCCUCUUUGGAGAGACUUGACCUUAGUGGUAACAAUUUCAUCAGCAUACCGUCGUCUCUUAUUCGUCUUUCUAAGCUUGAAACUCUUGAAUUGUCAGGUUGCAGGGCGCUUAAAUCGUUGCCUGAGCUUCCAACAAGUAUACAAAGUGUAACAAUAAAUGGUUGUACUUCUCUGGAAAUAGUUGCAAAUCCAUCAAAAGUUUGCAAUUCAAUGGAUAUGAGACAGAUUUUAGGUAUUAACUGCUACAAAUUGGCUGAGAACAUCAAUGCAUUAACACUGUUGAAAGAACAUCUUAAGGUAUUUGGAAAUUCAAGAAAAAUGUUUAAUGUUAUUAUACCUGGAAGUGAAAUCCCAGAAUGGUUUAGUCAACAAAUAGGUGGCUCUACGAUUAUGAUAGAUUUGCCUCUGGAAGUUCUGAGUGAUAAUCAAUGGAUGGGAGUUGCUUUGUGCUGCAUUUUUGUCAGUUAUGAUGCUUCAGAGGAUGAGGGACUCAUGUGUCAAGCUGUUAUCCUUGAUAGAUAUUCUAGAUAUGCCAAUUGGACUGAAUAUAUGUUCCAGGGUAGAAAUAUUCGAAAAGUCAAUUGGUGUGGCUGGAUUGUAAAUGAGCAUUUUGAGCAGCCUGUAAUGAAAGAGCACAUUUUAAUUCGUUAUUUUUCGCGUGACAUUUUGUUUCCAAUUUCCUUGGAAGACAAAUGUGGUGAACAUGAUGAAACCAAGAAUUUAUGGGCAACAGAUUGCUUCGAUCAUGAAUACUAUCAACUUUGGCUAUCUUUCGGACAUAAACGUAGUGUUUGGGUGAAGAAAUGCGGUGUUAGAAUAGUGUAUGAGAGCGAUUUGGAAGAAAUGGAAUAUGAGAGCGAUUUGGAAGAGAUGGAAUAUGAGAGCGAUUUGGAAGAGAUGGAACAAAUACAAGAGCUGCAUAGUAGUCAGUGUUGUGCAAAUUUUGAAGAUAUCCAGCAAGACACUGCUGAUGAUGGAUCAAUAGCUAACAGUUCCUUAUAA